AUGUACCCCAACCCUCUCAUCUAUUGCACCUGCUGGGAUCCCUGGAACCUGGGACCGAGAAAAUUAAUAAAGACCCCUCAUCCACCAAGCCAGACUGCUGCAGCAAAGACCAAGCUAGUUCCUCUUCUGCCAGCUUCAAAAGAUCAAAAUUAUGUCCAACCCCAACCAGCUACAAAACCUAUUGUCAACUCAAAAUUGAAAAUCCCGUUAGGAAAGCAAGAGGACAGCAGUAAACCUUACGAAGUGAUCAACGUGUCACCUGGCUAUCAGCUCAUUCGGAAUCGUGAGCAGAUAUCUGUCACCUUGGGCGACGAGAUGUUCGGUAGGAAAAAGCCCUUGGAUUCAGAGGUUAUGGACAAAGCCGGGUUUUCCAGGACUAACAUCAUUCAUGACCUAGAAGAGCAGAUCUCAGAGUUGACAGCAAUAAUAGAACAAAUGAAUAGAGACCACCAGUGCGCCCAGAAGUUGCUUGCUAAUGAAAUGGAACUGCGCUUUGCUGAGAUGGAACAGGACUUCCAGAACAAGAACAGGGAGCUCAGAGAGGCCCACAAGAUGGAGGUCAACGAACUGGAGAACAACUACAAAGCCUCCCUGAAGGCGGAGAAGGCGGCUGCCCAGGAGAAGAUAGAGGAGAUGAGAAAGGAGUAUAAGUAUCUGAAGAACAUGUUUCAUAUGUAUCAGGACAGCAUUUAUGAUGAAAUGGAAGACAAGUGGUCGAAGCGGAAAGCCGAAUGGGAGAAGGAUGAGAAAAUCGAGCGGGAGAAGAUCCUGCUACAGCAAAAACACAAGAUGACCAAAAAGUUUGAGUUAGAGUCAGAAGAAGAGAAGAAGAAGAUAUAUGAAUCCUAUGUGGCUGCCUUUGAGAAUUUCAUGCGAGAGAAGGAGGGCCUCUUGAAGCAGCAUGAAAAUGACACCUUGCAGCUAGAGGAACUGAGAAAGACCAAAGAGAUCAUAGAGGAAGAGUUGCACGCACAAACUCUUGUUCUAGAGUCACUCAACAUGAACCUCUGCAACACCCAGAUGGAACUCCAGAAGGAGAAAGCAGCCAUGGGACACCUAGAGAAAACACUGCAGAUCAAGCUUGCUGAAGCUGAAGACAAGUACAAGUACACCAUCCAGUUGCUAACAGAGGAAAACAUUCAUUUAAGGCAGAAGAUAAUUGCCAAGAAUGAAGAAAUUUAUGAAGGACGAUGUGGAAAAUCAGCUGACAGCGCAUCUUUGGAGGACGACUUGUUCCUUUUGGAAGGCAGUAGCAGCAGAAGAUGAGAAUUCUUAACAAACAGCUGUUCUCCCAGGCUGACAGAAGCAAGGUCGUGGCUGGAUUAGCUGGCGGUGACAGGGAACCACCCCCACAGGCCUGGCCAACUCCUGUGAGGUUGCCUUGAGAAAUGCAUUU